CCCUCCACCAUACCGCCUUCCACUUGUCGCCCUGCUUCGACCCUGGCACCUUAACAGUCGCGAGCCGCGCGCUCAUCAAUGGCUCCGGUAAGAUAUGCCUUCUCUUCUUUCCUUCCCUUCUCAUGCACCCUUACCCUCACCUCACUUCACUUCAACCCGGACUUGGGGAACAAGAUGACUACGCCGGUAGUAUUGAAGCACUCUGGGAACAUCUUACGGCUGCCUUACUUUCAAUCGCUUGAUCUUAACUUCUCACGUCACUGUCUCGCUUGACAAGCCCGUCUUUGUCUCGCACCUUGGCCACUCGCAACGAUGGAUUACCCCAACGCCUGGACCUUUCCCGUCGAGUCUCGCGAACUACCACCUUUGUCCCAAGCAUCAGAUGGAAACCCUGGCUCGAUUUACCCGCAUCCGUCUGGUUCUACCGUGGGUCCGACCAAUGUCGGAACUUCUGCACUUUUGACGCAACUCACCGUGUCUGGAGAGACGUCUGUGCGCAUCCAGGAGUCUGAGUCUCCAUCGGACAUGCCGCGGCGCUACAGUCACGGCCUCAACGAACCUUCACUGCUGCUACAUGAGCGACAAGACAGUGCCCAGACCACUGUUGCGUUUCUCCACCCACGAAGCCUUUCUCAGCACCACUAUCCCAGCAGCCGCAGACCGUCUCUAACCCAUGACGGCUUGCCUUACCCUCUGCGUUUCCACGGAGACACUGCAGGCCAGAUGGUUCCGUGGGGAUUUCCAGGUCGUUACGGCUACUAUCCCUCUCCAUCACCGGCAGCAGACAUGGAUUACUUCAACGACGUGUACACUCCAGUCAGAGGCUACCCGUCACUCUUACCGGAAUCAGAAAUAUACCACCGCCACGCUACGCGCACUCCUCCCGCGUACGGCAUGCAUUAUGGAUCCGCCGUGUAUUCCACUCCCUCGACAGUGAACGUUCCUUGGGAACCGGACACGCCAGAAAGCAUGGACACUGCCGCGGAGAGACCUGUCCCGAAGCUGAGAAGAAUCGCUGCCAGAGAGAACCUGAGAAGGCCAACCGAGACUCCGGCGCCUGACCGAAGCCCCAUGGUUGUCUUCCAAGCUUGGCAGAAUCCGAUUCACCCAGAGUUUCGUCCAAGCGGGCGCUCGAACAGGUCCGGCCGUGGACAGAUCGACCACGACGUAUUCGAGGGCCUGCCCGUCCGGCAAUGGCGUCAGACGGACACAGUUAUCGGCCCGGUGCCCCAGGCUCAACCGGCCUUGCCCAAGGAUGCAUGGCCCGAGCCGCCAAUGCCGCGCGAUUCACAGCUACUUCCCGAGCACAGUCAGCAGCUACUUCGCGCUGCGCGAGCGGGAAGGCUCUACAGACCACCGACGCCGCCGCUGGAAGAGGAGAAGGAGCCGGGCGAAGAAGACGAAGAGGCGAAAGAGCAACACCGUGGAUUUGUGGCCCGGAAGUGGUCGCAAGUCCCUCGAAAUCUUGAGGAGCCGGAGCCAGAGUAUCUUGCCAAGCGCAGAAAAGGCUUGCCGUCGCAGUAUUCCAGCAUCAUCGGCACCAAUGGCACGCUCGCUCACACCGGACCAGUGAGGGAGACCAAGGUCAAACGGGCAGAUGCGGACGGCAAUGUGCAGAUCCUCAAGGUGUUGGUGCCCGAGGGUCAGAGCAUAGAGGGCGAGGUCGUGGAAGAAGAUGCGGCCAUGGCGGAAGCUGCACCGGCAGAGGCCACGCCAGGCACCGUCGUGGAGGGUCUGGGUGUCGUCAACGCUCAGGGCGUGGUUGUCGCCAGCGACUUGCUCCAGCAAACGCCCCCAAGGAGAAGGCCUCCGCCUCCACGCAGAAAGCCGAAGAGGGGCCCCGGCCGUGGUAGGAAGAAGGUCAUGUUCGAGCCCGGCGCCGAGGGCGCGGCCAAUGGAGAGUCUGGCCAGGAAGGCGCCACACAGUCAGGCGAUCCGCCCAUCAAGAUCGAGGGUACGCCGGUCACGGGUGAUACUCCGAUGGCAGAUGCUGGCGAAGAGACGGAAGAAGGGGAAGACGGCGAUGACGGUGACGACGACGACGAAGACCGCGACAACGACGAGCUCUCCCCGCCGCCUGAGGACGUGCCAGAACCAAAGACAGAACCGGCGGGCGCGACGUCCGCCACACCAACUCCCCUGCCCGACCGCACCACAUCGCAGGACCCCACCGCCCCGCCACAAGAAGGCGACGCCCCCGCCGCCGCGCAAACCGAGACCGCGACGGCACCGCCCGAGACCGCGCCCGAGGUGCCCGAGGGGCCGGCCACGUCGCUGAGCAACCCGCAGCCGGCGUCGGUUGUGCCGGCGAAGCGCGACCGGUCGAGCUCGCCGGAGCUGCCGCUCGCGAAGGACGGGCCCAAGGAGUCGCUGGAAAAGGAGGACUUGGAGCCGAACCCGCCGCUGGCGCAGCAGGACGACAAAGCGAGCGAGGUGGAGCUGGAUUUGUUGGGGAGUUUGGAGAGGCAGCUGGACCAAGAGGGUUAG